AUGCGGAAUCCUGAUGCCCAGGGAAGUAUGACCACAAGGGGGCUGAAGACCAGUGGCAUCAGAUCGUCCUGUGAAGGCUCUGAGCUCCAGCCAACUUUUGAACUUUAUAGCUUUCCAGUUGUCAGUGUCUCCAGUUCCCAGUGUAAGGAGAACAUCUAUUAUGAGGUAACAGAGGUGAAUGCUGAAAUUGGGUGUGAGAGACAUGGACUGGUUCCCCUGGUGCUGCAGCUGCUUUUCUUCAUUCUCUUCUCUGGGGUCCUUGUGGCAUUUCUUCUCCAAGUUCCAAAGGUUCCCUGCACCCAGGAUCAGGAGGAGAUCUACAAGCAACUCAUGCAACUGAAGACUAGAAUAGACUUCCUGUGCCGUCCCUGCCCCUGGGACUGGAUGUUUUUCCAUGGAAAGUGUUACUUUUUCUCCAAAAUCGAACGCAACUGGAAAGAUUCUGCCACUGCUUGCGAAGAAGUAGGGGCCCAACUAAUCGUCGUUGAAAGUGAUGAGGAGCAGAACUUUUUGCAGAAGAUGCANAAGAUGAAAGACAAUCUCUGGAUUGGGCUCACAGACAUCAUGGAGGAAGGCUCAUGGCAGUGGGUGAAUGGUUUACCUCUGUCACCGAGCUUUAAAAACAAAUAUUGGACCUCAUGGGAAACCAAAAAUGCUUCAGGGAAAGACUGUGUAGAAUUGACAAAUCAUGGCUGGAAUGACAACAACUGCUUUUUGAAGAACUUAUGGGUCUGCAAGAAGUCAUCAGUAUCCUGCUCCAACAACUGA